UUUCGUUUGGCUCCCCCACCAGGUUAUCGUGUGCGUUGUGCGCGUAUCGUCUGGUGUCGUCCCAGAGUCUGGCGGACACGAUCUCCUCCUACGCGAAUUCGGCCGCGACAUAAUCAGCGUUCACGCAAUUGCACUUACAGGAUCGGCCAGGUUUCCAGCUGCGGUUGCUGGUGUUUGUUAGGUUAGGAGGCGACUGCCAGACGAUGCAUCGUGCUGGAAAAUCGCCCGGUGAAAGUGCGCGCCGUUGGGAAUUCCGACAAAGCGAAGGCCGGCGCCGCCACUACUCUCAAACGCCAUGAAGUGAGCGGCAUUUUAGGAAACAUCUCGUGAUAAACUUCACUGGAGGCAUCGACGGCGACAGCUUUAUCCAAGGGUGUUGUAUACAUCUCAUCAAACAAACGAGCCAUAGUUAUCAUGGCAGAGGACGAAGGGACAGAGUGGCUUCAAGAGCUGCUGCACGAUGUGCAACUCUCUCAGUUUUUCACGAGAAUUCGGGACGAUCUGCAGGUCACUCGCCUACAUCAUUUUGAUUACGUUCAACACGAGGAUUUGGAAAAGAUCGGUCUCGGAAAGCCUGGUGUCAGGCGUUUGUUGGAUGCAGUCAAAAAGAGACGCAGUACUCAAUGGAAGAAAAGUCUGAUCACUAAAAUCAGGCCUGGCGGCAGUACUAAGAGCAAUAAACGAUCCUCGCAGCCCAUCGAGACUUCCUCAGUGUUGACGUGUCUUAUACAAGAAAAGGAUGUAACUCUAUCGAUCAAACUGGGCGAUGGUAGCUUUGGUGUGGUCAGAAGAGGCGAAUGGACCUCUCCUUCGGGACGGGUCUUUCCUGUCGCUGUAAAAGUUCUCAAGGCAGACGCUCUGACACAGCCAAACGUUAUAGAGGAUUUCGUCUCGGAGGUGCAAGCGAUGCACACUUUGGAUCAUCAUAAUCUCAUUCGAUUGUAUGGUGUGGUGUUAUCACAACCAAUGAUGAUGGUGACCGAGCUUGCACCUCUGGGUGCGUUACUCGAUUAUUUGCGCCAACAGUGCAGCAGAAUCUCAGUCCUUACACUUUGCAACUAUGCGCUGCAAGUUGCCACAGGUAUGGCAUAUUUAGAAGCGAAACGUUUUCUACAUCGUGACCUGGCGUGCAGAAACGUUUUAUUAAGUACUGUCGACAAAAUCAAAAUCGGAGAUUUCGGACUGAUGAGAGCACUUCCUCAACAAGAGGACUGCUAUGUUAUGACUGAACAUAAGAAGGUACCUUUCCCUUGGUGCGCACCUGAAUCUCUCAAGGCUCGGCAGUUCAGCCACGCAUCAGACGUUUGGAUGUUUGGUGUAACAUUGUGGGAAAUGUUGACCUUCGGAGAGGAACCUUGGCUAGGUUUAAACGGUUCUGAAAUAUUGCGAAAGAUCGACCGGGAAGGCGAGCGACUUCACGAGCCGGAAGCGACGCCACCGUUUGUAUAUGAGCUGAUGCUUCGUUGCUGGUCAAGGGAACCUUCAGAGCGACCGACGUUCGCCUCGUUGAAGGAAUCGUUGACCGGCAUGAUGCCAGCCGUAAUGAAAGCCGUGAGUGCCUUCGAGGAGGCUGGCAAAAUGUCUAUUGAGCCGAGCGAUCAAAUCGUUAUCAUCGAUGGACGCUCAGAAAAUUACUGGUGGAAAGGCCAAAACCAGCGAACUUUCCAAGUGGCGCAUUUCCCGCGUUGCCUAGUAGAUCCAAUGCGCCGGAAACAACCGGAAGAUAUUAGCAAACCAUUAGAGAAUUCAUUUAUUCAUACAGGCCACGGGGCGCCCUUUGGAAAGAGCUGGGGUAGUCCUUCGUUUAUUGACGAUGUGUACCUGAGAAACCCUAUGGAUCCUCCGGACAUAUUGGUAGCUUCAGGUGCGGAGAACCAAUCGAAGAAGCGAUUUUCAUGCGGUACGCAACGCGCUAGAAAGCAAUUCAAUUAUACCAAAUUACGCAACGACGCCAGAUCGAGUCCCGUCAAGGUUGCUCAAGCAGCGUCCGCCUCGGCAAGUAGCCAAGAAGGUACCUUGAUCGAUCUGUCCGCUGAGGAAUUAGCAAAUACAGGUACUCUCGAGCAGGACGUCGCGUGUAGACGAGUGAUUAAUAUUCUGGACGAGCCAAUAGAAGCUGAGAGAUUCUCUUGGCAAAAUGAAAAAGGCACCAGGACGUAUGCCAACUUCCCCAACGUGGAUCCUGCGUACUCUGACCCAUUCGACACGUCCGCAGUGUUCAUGAAGCCUCCGCAUUCGCGAUACUAUAGUCCUGUACCUACCGAUACUAGUCGCUAUCUGCAAAGGCAGACAUACAGCAACGUGGACGACCAGGAAGCGUCGGAUAGUCAAAGUGCCGCGAAUUCUUUUGUCGCUAAUUCGGAUGGAACGGAGGAGAUUCGCCAAUAUUCGGUGAAUCUGAACAAGGACAGUCAGCAGGAUGCAGUGAAUCUAAACGUGAAUGUGGAGAGUGACGAGGCUGCGAGUCAUUACAGCGAGAUUGACAAAGCCAGUCCGAAUUGGUCUACGUGGCCAGAGGACCUACGGAAUUCCACUAGUGCACAGACGUAUGCUAACGUCUCCAUCAACGCAGUCUUACCCUCGUCAUCGCUCGUCACGGUUCCUAUUCCGCCUCCUCCUCCUCCUCCUUCCAUUGGUCCAAACGUCAGUCCGCCAAAGCCGAAAUCCAAUUGUGAGCUCGCGCAGAGUAUGAACGAGCUGUCACUGAGUUCCAAGUCCGGUGCUAUUAAUGUCACGAAGAAACUAGACCCGGUCCUCUUGGCCGAGCUGGAGAAACAUCUGGGUGAGAAAGAGGCCAGCAAAAACACAAACGCCAGCGGGGAGAGCCAAGACGAGGCGUCUUGCGCGAAUUAUCUUCGCUAUUCGUCGCUAGACAAAUUGCGGCAAGGAUCACCGGCUCAGCUUUCACCGUCAGCGGUGGAGGACACCGCCAGAUCGUCUUCUUCGUCGGUGAUACCAGCAUUGAAACCUCCACCGCAGGUUUCAAAACCGAAGUCGCCGGUGGCGAUGAUGGAUCACCGAGGAGCAUCUUCCUCGUCGUCGACCCUACCUAGCAAGGUACAGAACUCCUGGCAGCCAAAAAGUACGAACGUCCAACGACCGCCCGUCCAGCAAAGUGAUCAACGCGUCUUAGAAUCGACUACUGAUGCGAUGGUGGGACAAAUCUGGCAGCAGACGCAGAUCCUGCCUCAACAGAACGUUUGCUCGACUGACCUGAGUGCUGGGCGUCAAACGUUGACGCCCGUUGUGACUCAGGCAAGCGUUAAUCUGCUCCAAGAAGUUGCUAGCGACUCUAUUUCUAAUGAUAGUGCCAAUGAAGUUCGACAUGGUCCUUGCAAUGUCGCCAAGGCCACCUUUAAUCAAGCACAAGCUUGCUCAUCGAACACUCCGAAUUAUCUUUCUACAAAUUUAAGUUCGUCGAGCACUAGCCAAGAUGCUUUCAAUAUGCUGCAGAUUGUUACCGGUAACGUUUCUGCUAACAGUACAAAUGAAUUACAAUACGGCAAUACAGCCAAUGUUUCCAAAGCCAACUACAAUCAGACUCAAGCCUAUUCGUCAACUAGCCAAAAUUAUCUUCAUAACACAUCGGCGAAUAUCGGCAACUUCAACCUGCUCCAAACAAGCACCAGUCAUGUUUCCACUGCGACGUCGAACGAAUCUCAAUACGGACCUUGCAAUAUUUCCAAGGCUUCUUCCAACCAGGUGCAAGCUUGCUCAUCGUUAGGUCAUAACUAUUUGGGAAAUGCUCCGACAACUAGCAAUCAGGGUAGCUUCUUUACUAUGCAUCAAAACUAUCUUCCGAACGCGUCGAUGUCGCCCAACAUGAGCAACACUCAUGGAAUCAUCCACAUACAAAACGAUUUGCAGCAACAGCAACAUACAAAGUCUACUGGGCUUUUAUAUGAACAAGUAUACGCCGAGUUGAAACAAGCCGUACCUAAUUUAGAGCAAUUAUCUCAGAACGAGUUUAAUACUCUCUACAACAAGACUGUCCAGCAGAACAUUCUCCGAAACUACUAUUCCAACAAUCUGUGCAGUGAGACGAACCAAACUCACGCUCAAGAAAUGGUUGGCACUCAACAGCAGCAGCAGAAGGCUAUUGGCAGAAAUCAGCAACCUAUUCAAGGACAUUUUUGUGACUUCAGCCCUUAUUUGAAACAGCCGCCGAUUUACAAUCCCCCGCCUGCUCCGACGUUGAGCUCAUUCAAAUCCGAUCAGAAUGGUUAUGUGCAGAAUCACUGUCCCCCAGCAAAGUGCAACCUGAUCAGUGGACAGCCCAAUUUGCUACAAAUCGAAACGUCGAUUAGAAGUACAUCUGGACCAGUAGCAACGAGCGAUGCUGUCAAGGUGAACUCGCAGGUGACUAAUCAACAUCAGCAACAUCCGGUCGGCACCAGUCCUCCACUCACCGCAGCUUCACAGCAAUUGGUGAUGUCGUUGAAUGACGAAUUUAGAGCAAGCAAAGUCAUGAGAGUGCAGAGAGAAGCUGCGGACGCUUCGCAGCAAGAGGUUCUAGCCGCGUUACAGGCAACUGGUUGGGAUACGAAUCAAGCGGCCAAGCAGAUCAUAAAGGAUAGGCAAGCGAAGGUCGAAAGUCUCGUAAGGUUGGGCUUGGCUACUCGACAACAGUGUGAAAGCGCUUUGAAGCAGACUGAAUACGAUGUAGAACUGGCAGCUUCGUUACUACUCGAUCAAGCCAGAUGAGGAACAGCCGUGAUCAAUUCCACAUCCUAAGACUUCCUGUGACAUUAGCUGUAAACUACGGAAUGCGUAUAUAUACGAUUUAUUUAUAAAUAAUGGAAAGUAACAAACGGAAGCCAUUUCGCUCGAAAGUGAAACUCUGCCAGUAAUUAUUUUUAUUUUUCUUUAGCGAAAUUUGCAUUCCAAUCUACACCACAAUUUAGCAUUAAUAGUAAUCAAUGUUCGCUGUUAAAUGAAGUAAAGCAGCUAUUACGCAUAAUAAUUGAUAGGCGAUAUUAAUGGGGAAAUAUUGCCAGUGUUACAUCACUUGUAAGACGUAAUUAACGUAAAUCUGAAACUGUGAUAUGUGAUAUGUUGAUCUCUAUCUGGAUUUACGAUUACGAUCCUAUUAAUGGAUUUUGUUAGCGCUGUUACGAUAAAAAAGCAGCAAAUUAUUUAUGACGACAAAUAGCGUUAUGGACAGGAAAGUUUUGAGAUUAAUAAGUUAUAUAUAUAUAUAUAUACAUAUAUAUAUAUAGUAAAUACUCGAUAUAUAAUAUAAUAUAUAUAUGUAUGUACACACAUAUAUAUAUAUCAAAUAUUAUAAAUAUAUUCUAUAUAUGUGCGUAUGUGUACAAUGUACACAUAUAGUGCAGAAGUUAAAACUCAAAAAUUAAAACCCAGAAACUUUCAAACUCAAAAGUGAAAGAGAACUUUUUAAAAAUUAGAGUCAAAAAUUCUAAAAACCUGAAGAAACCUAGAAUCUUAUAAUGUGAAAAUUAAAAGUUAUUAAUUCGAAGUUUCCGAAUUCAAGAAUACAAAGAUUUAAAAAGUAUAGGUCUAAGAAUUUCUUAGAACUGAAAAAUUAAGACUUUAAAUGCGAUAGGGAUAUACUUAAAAACCUAAAGAUAUAGAAGACUAUGAACUGGAAGGUGAAAAGUGGUUUAAUAAUUAUUAUUAUUGAUACAAAUGAAAUUAUAUUGAAUAUGUGAGAAAGAAAAACCACAUAAAUGUGAUGUCACCGUAAGUCCAGGUAAGGAUUAGAAGAUUUGAACUGUAUUAUCAUGACAUAGUUUUUCUUCAUAUAUUCUCCGUCGAGAAAUAUUGAAAAAGAGGGAAAUAAAGAAAGAAAGUUAUUUUACUAUGUAAACUGAACGAGAGAGUGUACAUAAUUGUUAGCGUAAUUUUUUAUUAUUUAAGCUUACCUUCUACUUAUACUCAUUCUUUUGUCUUUAGGGCGCCUUUUUGUUUGAAAUGAAUGAGCAAAUAAUAUUAAUAAAUAAUGAACUGCA